GUUAGGGAGCCAUUCUGUUUACAGCUAAGGCAUUAUGAAUUGAAAAUUAUACUUUUAAUAACCAAGAGAAACGUAUGUGAAGCUGCGGGAGUUCUCGCUGGACAAAACGAUCUGCUUUUAGCACAAUUGUUUUGGGAUUUGCAACGACAGUUUUGUACGUUUCUUCUCGAUGACAAAGCCAGCUGUGGUCAUGAAAAUCGUGCACGCGGUCGUCUUCGGUGUUGUUCUUCUGAUUUGCAACACAGAAGCUGAACUCCACCAGCAGGUCACGGUUGACUGUGAUUUCGACCAGAUGCAAGUUCACAUAGAAAAAUCACUAAUACCAGAGUUUGAAAUGAGGGACGUGCGCUUAUUGGAUCCCAACUGCCAGCCAACAAAAUCUGAAAACAGCAGUCACAUGACUGUUACUGCACCAUUGAUUGGCUGUGGUACCACGCUAGAGCAUACGAAAGACAGCCUCAUUUACAGAAACAUGAUCAAAGAUGCUCGGGUGACUCAGUCUAUUAUCAGCCGAUUACAGAGCGAAGACUAUGAUGAAGAGUACAUUAGCUUUCCACUGGCGGUUACGCUGCAACAACGACUUUACUUACAAGUAUCAGUGGACACGCCUGACACGCGGUUGGGUAUCGUCGCGGACACGUGCUAUGCCACGCCAAUCAAUAGUAUUUCUAAGAAAAUCAAGUAUGAUAUCAUUGUCGACAGGUGUCAAAAGGACGAAACCGUAAGAUUUCACAAUGGCCCUCCCACCACGCAACGUUUUAGCAUAGAAGCUUUUCAGUUCAUGAAUGGCCAGGUCAUGCCGUACGUUUAUAUUCACUGUGAGGUCGUCCUAUGCAACCUGACAGAUGACAAGCCCAGCUGCAUGCAGAAAUGUGAGCCUCAUGUGAAUACUAAACUGAGGAGGGAGGUCAAUACAGAUUAUUACGAUCUGGAGAAAGGUCCGAUAGUAAUUCUAAGGGAUCCUGAGGACAAUUUUGAAGCAGAUAAUGCGGAGGAACUUCGAGAAAAUCAAGAUUAUGGAUUGACAAACAUGACCACGUGGUUAUUCGUUGUGAUGGGAUGCGUCUGCGUAAUUUGCUUUGGGGCUGUACUCCAUACUAUAAAAGAAGUCAAGCAGGCGAAGUAAAUAAAAGUCAAAAAUGUUAAAAACAUUAUCCUUAAAUGACUCAAUAAUGAAUGAAGAACGUUUCAAAGAAGAAAAGCACUGAAUAAAUAAACUAUUUAUCAUA